AUGGAUCUCACGCGGAUGCUUCUGCUACCAUCCGGCGCACUUGAAAUCGAUGAAGUCAUCCCAGCCGAUCGAGGAACGUACCAGUGUAACGUCACAUCCGGAACCUUUUCGCGCCUCAGUAGUAAAUCAAACCUUAACAUCAAAUCAACCGCCGGACAACCGCAAAGCUUCGCACCACCCUCGUUCGUGAUAGUUCCGCAGCCUCAAACCGUCAAAGAAGGUGACACCGUCAUUCUGGACUGUGUGGCCAACGGAAAUCCGAAGCCAACCAUCAAGUGGCUUCGCAACGGGGAAGAAGUAGACAUGAACGAUCUGGACUCGCGAUUCCGAAUCAUCGGAACGGGUUCGAUGCAGAUUAACUCCAUCCAAGAUACGGAUGCGGGGGAUUACCAGUGCAGGGCAAGUAAUUCGGAGGACUCGCUGGAUGCCUCGGCGACGGUGCAGGUUCAGGUGCCGCCAAAGUUCAUCCUGAGUCCGGAGGAUAAGGUUGCCUACGAGAAGGAGGAGCUGGAACUGCAGUGCAGCAUUCAUGGCAAGCCGACGCCCGUGAUUCAGUGGUUGAAGAAUGGAGACCUGAUUACUCCGAACGAGUACAUGCAGAUUGUGGCUGGCCACAAUCUCAAGAUCUUCUCAUCUCACGGUUCCGACGCCGGCAUGUAGUGCAUCGGCACGAACCCUGCCGGCAGCGUCCAGGCCGCGGCCCGUCUGGAAAUCGUCGAGCCAGGGCAAUCGAAACGACACAAGGGCAAAAAGUACCACCAGAAUCAAUCCAAGAUGAAAUCGUACGAGAAACCCAUCAUCCCUUCCUAUCCUACCGACCCCAAGCUCAAGGUGGUUCUGGACAGUUUGCUCUCCAAGACCAAGGACAAAGCGAACGUGAACCAGAACAAGUUCCAAUAUGACGAAUAUACGGACGACGAUUAUCUCGAGCACGAGGAAGAACACGACGAAGACGAGGAGGAGGGCAAAAUCUACUCGCUGCGACCCAACGAAGAUCCAAACAAGCUGUACCAAUUGACCGUUCGGUUGCGGUCGGCGGAAGACGGCGGUGGCGACAUUGGCCACUUUUCUAACUCACACUUUCCCAAUGCUGUCACGCGAAAAUACCCGAAAUUCACCCUAGAUGGUGGAGAGAGACUGGCGGCACCACUUCCGGGACCCCCGCGGGAUCUGCACGCGCAAAUCGUGAAGCCCCGGUUCGUCACGCUCAGCUGGCUGGAACCGGCCAAGAAUCCGGACGAGGUCAUCUCGUACUCGGUGUACUACAAGAUGCACACCAGUGAUAGGGAGCGCAAAAUCACCACCAAGUCUCGCGACGAACAGGAAGUGAACAUCCAGUCGCUGCUUCCGGGCAAAACCUACCAGUUUCGCGUUGUCGGCAACAGCAACCACGGCUCGGGGGAAUCGUCCGCGGCGUAUGAAGUCCGCACGCACUCGGAAGAGAACAUCGCCGGGCCACCGCAGAACCUCCGCGGCCUCGCUCUGACCGACAAGGAGAUCCACCUCCAGUGGGAAGCGCCCCUCGUCUCAACGGCGGAAAUCUCCAAAUACCGCGUGUACUACGCCGAAAUCGAAAACGGCGACGAAAUGUACUCGGACACCACGUCCACCGAGAUCACGAUCAACGAGCUGCGACCGUACACCGAGUACACGCUGUACGUGGUACCGUGGAACCAGAUGGGCAUGGGCGACCCGUCGCACGAAAUCGUCGUCAAAACGCACUCGUCCACUCCGACGGAACCGCCGUCGAAUGUGACGCUGGAGGCGACGAGUUCCACGAUCACGGUCCGGUGGCAACCGCCUCCGGUGGAAGAUCGCAACGGGCAGAUCACCGGAUACAAGAUACGGUACAGGAAGAACAAGAAAGCGCUGCAAGUGGAAACGACUCCGGCUAAGCGGCACUGGGAGCUGAAGGGGCUGGAACGGCUGUCGGCGUACCAGGUGAAGAUCGCCGCCAUGACGGUAAACGGAUCCGGGCCGUUCACCGAGUGGCACCAGAUUGAGACUUAUGAGAAUGAUUUGGACGAGUCGCAGGUUCCCGGGCAGCCGGGGUGGAUUAAAACACGUCCUGGAGCGGACAGCAUAUCAGUCACGUGGACUCCACCGAUUCACCAGGAGAUCAAGGUGCGAAACUACAUUCUCGGCUGGGGUAAGGGCAUUCCGGAUGAGGACACUACCGACGUAGAGGAGCACAUUCGGACGUACGAGAUUCGAAAUCUAGAACCCAACACGGAGUACGUGAUAUCACUGCGUGCUAGAAAUAACAUGGGCGAUGGUCCACCGAUCUACGACACCGUACGAACUCGAGAAGAUUCGCCGAUUGAGGCACCAACUCCGCUGGAAGUUCCCGUAGGCUUGCGAGCCAUCCCAAUGUCGGGUACGAUCGUAGUGUACUGGACGGACACCACCCUAAGUAAGAGUCAACACGUGACCGACAACAGACACUACGUGGUCAAGUACUCGCAAACGUCUGCCUCCAGUAGAUUCCGGUAUUACAACACGACCGAUCUGAACUGCAUGAUCGGUGAUCUACGUCCCAGUACGCAGUACGAGUUCGCAGUCAAAGUAGUCAAAGGCCACCGUCAAUCGGCGUGGUCAAUGUCUGUGAUAAACUCAACCCAUCAGGCAUCGCCAGUUUCACCUCCACGGGAUCUAGUCGUGUCCCACGACGAACGCAACCCGUUAACGGCGAUCCUCCAGUGGGAACCUCCACGUCACACCAACAGUCCAAUCACCGGCUACGUGGUCCUUUACACCACCGAUCCGAAUCGACGCGAUCGAGACUGGAACGCCGAAGCGGUCGUCGGAGACAAGACCAGUGCGGAGAUCAAGAACCUGGAACCGCACACCAUGUACUACUACAAGGUUCAGCCGAGGAACUCCAAGGGUUACGGCCUCUUUUCGGCUAUGGUGUCCCAGACGACGGGCGCCGAGGUAGACUCCAGUGGAAACAUUACCAUGCCCCAGUCAAUCUCCGAAAUGGUGUACGUGAUCGUUGGGUCGCUAGUCACGGCGGUGAUCGCCAUUGUAAUCGUAGUCAUGAUUUGCCGGAAGAAACCGGAAGGAACGCCGGAGCACGCGAAGAAGAGCUACCAGAAGAACAGCGGGAUCAUCAAACCGCCGGAUCUUUGGAUCCACCACGACCAGAUGGAGCUUAAGAAUCUGGACAAGAGUAAUCACAGCACAACAACGCCCGGCUCGGUUGAGGGGAGCGUCCAGCAGGGGGCGAUGACACUGCCGCGAUCGGUCGCGGGCCAUGAGUACGAGAGUGAGACGCCGAUUGCGCACGUGACGAUCCUGGACAAGCGGACCUACGUUCCUGGUUAUACAGGAACCACUACCCCGCUCAGCUCCACCAUGGAACGUCCGCAGUACCCGCGGACGCAGUACAACAUGGCAUCCCGACCGCAUAUAUCGCUCGAACAGCAAACCCUGUCCCAGCAGAGCUUGCUCCCACCCCAGCUGCCGCCGGCCAAUCCGAUGGUCCAAACGCCGGAGAAUCCGUACACCUACGAGGGCAACUACAGUAAUCCAAACGUGACGUAUGCCGGCAUGACCGUGGAUGCCCCCAAACGGGGCAGGGUCAUCCCGAAGAGCUUCAGCGUACCUGCGCCACCAGCCUCCACCCCCAUCAUCACCAACCAGGGAAAGCACGGUAAGAAUUUCCGGCUCUGACGCUGCAAACCCUCCGUCACGAUACGCCCCCAGAACUCCUGUCCGUACAAGAAGCCCCGCUGUACGACCGGCUCGCUAACGAACCGACUCCAAACGGGGCCGCCGUCCCACUCCACAGACGAGAUCCAGCGGUUAGCGCCGUCCACGUCGACCGAGGAGCUCAACCAGGAGAUGGCCAACCUCGAGGGCCUGAUGAAGGAUCUGAGUGCAAUCACGGCCAACGAGUUUGAGUGCUAGUAGCGAGAGGAGCGCGCGAUGAGGAAUACGAUGCGAGUGAAUCAUGAGCCGUUGCUGGUGGAUCCGGAUUUUUUGUUUGGAUCCUAGCGACGAAGUAUUUAGUCAUUAUUAGGUUAGGGCGUGUCGCCGGUACUUGUGACGAGUCGCUAAGCUGCGUUUAGUUUUAUUGUGGGCUUCUACAAUCGAUUUGCCGUUGUCUCAAAAUGAUAUUGAUGCAAACCUAAACCAGUAUACCUGGCCCCGGUGGUUGGUCACAUCUUCG